UAGCAACCCCAUUUGUGUCACUGCUGCCUUCACAUUAGUCCAAAUGAAGUCUGUUGUUUGAGUUUGCUAAAUCUUGGAAAAUUAGCAAACUGUAACCAAAUUCGAAAAAAAUUCUCGUAUUUUUACAUUACACUGGACAUGCUGUUUUCCUCCGUCUCAGAUUAACUAUUUUUAAGGAAUGGCAAAUAUAGCGGCACAAAGGAUAAAACGCGAAUUUAAGGAGGUUAUCAAAAGUGAGGAGGUUGCCAAAUGUGCUAUUAGGGUAGAAUUAGUCAAUGACAAUUAUACCGAAUUAAAAGGAGAAAUAGCAGGUCCUCCCGACACUCCGUACGAAGGCGGUAAUUUUAUUUUAGAAAUUAAAGUACCUGAAACGUACCCGUUUAAUCCACCUAAGGUUCGGUUUAUGACCAAAAUAUGGCAUCCAAACAUUUCCUCGGUAACCGGCGCCAUUUGUUUAGAUAUAUUAAAGGACCAGUGGGCCGCCGCAAUGACCCUUCGCACAGUUCUGCUAUCGUUACAAGCUCUACUGUCAGCGGCUGAACCGGACGAUCCGCAAGAUGCAGUCGUCGCUAAGCAAUUUAAGGAAAACGUGGAGAUGUUCCAGCUGACGGCGCGCCACUGGACCAACGCGUACGCCGGCGGUCCAAAUGCUAACAAAGAUUUCGAUGAUAAAAUAAAAAAGUUAAUAGAGAUGGGCGUGGACGAGCACGAAGCGAGAGUAGCUUUAUCUUCGUAUAAUUGGGAUAUGGAAAGAGCUACAGAACAAUUAUUCAGUUAGUAACGAUGAGCCAUUUGCCUUUCGACACUGUUCAUACAUUUGCUCACAUUGAAUCAUUUUCGAGAUUUAUACGGUAGUUCACAUGUGGUCAACUGUAUAAAUUAGUUGCAUGACUUGUACAUAAUUCAAAACGAACUUAAUGAAUGGAAUGUUUCAUAAUUCUCUGUAAUUUAUGUUCAUUCAUUUUCGAUUAUUAUUUAUGUAAAGAUGUAAUUAUUUAUGUUUACUUUUAGAAAUAAAGUAGUAUUUGUUGUAAACUA